AAUCGCACUGUCCGCACGCAUACACGGCCGCUCCUGUCUUGAGGACAACCACAUAGAGCUUGCAUUUCACGCAACGAAAUGGAGCGUGUCCUCAUUUAAUGGGAAUCUAGGUCCGUUUCUCGUCUAUCAUUACAUACAUUUAAGUGUUAAAGGAGGAAUGAGGUGUGCGUCAGCACCUUGGACAGAGAUCGCAGAAGUUUUACUGUUUUACGGGAGACUACGGAGUAGAGAUGGUAUCUUCUUACUGCCCAUUUAGAGUUGGCUUUAUUGGAAGGUAUUCAACGCUGGCAGCACUUAGCUUUACAGCUCUGAUACCACUUAACUUCAGUGUAAUUUUGCUUUGCUCUUUGCGUCUAUGGAACAAUACAUACGCUCUAUGCAGAGGAUGUUCGAUUAAUAGCAACUGACAUAGCCCAUUUUUACCAUGUUUUCUUUUUAUUUUACAUCAAAUACUUUUAUCCUGAGCUGUAAGCUGGUUGCUGUUCGGGAUGAUCUGGUGGCUCGUGGCUUUUGCGCAUGGGGACCUACACCAGCAAAGUCCGGAUUUCAUCCCGUGCGUCACAAGUGUUCAUUCCUUUGCUUCGGCGUUCUUGUUGUCAAUCGAGGUGCAAGUGACGAUCGGUUUCGGGGCCCGCAUGGUCACAGAAGAGUGCCUCUCUGCCAUCAUUACACUCAUCGUUCAGAACAUCGUGGGUUUGGUCAUUAAUGCCAUCAUGCUCGGGUGCAUCUUCAUGAAGACGGCUCAAGCCCGUCGCCGCGCGGAGACGCUCAUCUUCAGCAAGCACGCAGUGAUUGCCCUCCGAAACAACAAGCUGUGCUUCAUGAUCCGACUUGGGGACCUCCGAAAGAGCAUGAUCAUCAGCGCCGCGGUCAGGAUGCAGGUGAUCAGAAAGACCAUCACUAACGAGGGGGAGAUGGUCCCUCUCGACCAAAUAGAUAUUCAGACUGACAACCCCAUCGGGACGAACGGUAUAUUUUUGGUUUCCCCUCUCAUUGUAUGCCACGUAAUUGACAAAAAUAGUCCUCUUUACGAUCUUUCAGAAUACGACUUGCAACACGAUGACAUAGAGAUCAUUGUAGUGUUGGAGGGUGUGGUUGAAACAACUGGCAUCACAACCCAAGCUCGAACAUCAUACCUGUCGGAGGAGAUACUUUGGGGGCGCAUAUUUAAGCCCACAGUCUCGGAAGAUGACGGCGUGUACGCUGUGGAUUACUCUAAAUUUGGGGCCACGGUCGACGUGCAUACUCCUAGCUGCAGCGCGAGGAAACUAGAUGAGAUGGGAAGCUUUUUUCAAUUUCAAGAAAACCAAGUAUGGUCCAGAGAGUCCACCAGGAGACGCAACCGGCGUUCUCACGCGAAAAGGAAUAGCGUUACCCAACCGCAAAACUGGUAAUUCUAUCGGAUUUUUGCUACAAUAUUUAUCUUAGGAUCAGUUUUUUCUAGAAGGGAUUUAAAAAAAACGAAAUAUAUAUAUGUGAAAUAGCGUUUUAACCACGCGACAUUAUCUUGUACAAAUCAUUGUAAAAAUGUGUGCAUUAUUGAACUCGUUUACGCUCAACUUGAGGUAUGGCUGUGGGGCGAAGUUUCUGCGCUGCAUGAAUUUAAGCCAUUUAUAUUGAAAUGCAUUCUGUAUUGAAUUAUAUGAAUUGCGUGUCCACUUGCCUAAAUUGUGUUGUUACACAUCUGCUCUUGGUUCUGUAAUGUGAAUGCAAGUAAAACACAUUUACAUUUAGAACAGUAAAAUACUGAUAUACAAAUUAGCUAAGAGUAAAACAAUCGGGGGUAAUUAGCACUUUUUUUUCUGACGUUGGAAGCAUGUCAUUUUCUGCAUCUCCAGGAAUUCUUAAACGUUUAUUUCCAAAUAAAAUAAAAUAAAAUAAACAUUUGCUAUA